UCAGUCCGCGUCUGCGCAGCGCAACAUCAAAACACUUCCGAUAAUAAGACGUACAUUCGCUUUUACCCAAGAGUUGAAAAUAAUCAUAAUUUCUGAUUUAGGUUGUCCGUUUAUAGUUGAGAUACAGCCAUGGUCUGCAUUCCCUGCAUCGUCAUUCCUGUUCUCUUGUGGGUGUAUAAGAGGUUCCUUGAACCCAUCAUCUACCCCUUCAUUGGUCCAAUUAUAAGCCGAUUUUGGCCAACAAAAAAAGCUGUCCAGGAGAGUGUUACAGGAACUGGUGAUAUGAAAGCCAGUGAAAAGAGCAAUGGAUGCCCAGUGAUGAGCAAUGAACCAUGCAAGACUGAAGUCAACGGUCUGGUUGCUAAUGGAGCGGCUGCAAAUGGAUCAGCUACUACAGUCUCUGACAAGAAGACUGACUGACAUUUCACUUUACACCUUAAGUUAUAUUUAUCACUGUGAAAGUGUUUUAAUACAAUAUGAAGUUGACUAAUGUAGAAUCUUUUAAUGCUGGCCUGGAUUUAACCUAGCAACACACACGGUACAAUUUCCAUAAUGCUCACUAUAAUUGCUUUGAAAGAUUGAUUAAAGAUGCUCUUUUUUAAUUUCUGCGUUGUAAUUUCAGGAAGUGUUCAUAAUAUAUCUGCAAUGAUAGUGUUUCACUGUGGUGUGAUUGGCUGUGAUAUUCGCCUAUUGAUUUCUCCCACUGGAGCAGCAGCAUCUGUUGUCAAAAUGUGAAAGCUG